GCAUAAAUAAUUGAGAUUCACGUAGUGAACUAUUCCCUCUAGUUUCAACUGCUUGCUGCCAACCAUUUGCCGUUCUGAGAAGCAGCAACAUGUAGUUCGCAUUUAAUUGUUGGCAGUUUCGAUUCAUGGGCUCAUUAAUGACAGGUCGGAAGCGCUUUGCGAAUUGCCGACAGCGAUUCCAACAGAAAACGAUACCUGCUUGGUGUGUGAAAAUAUAUAUUGCUUUGAUUAUUUAUCAUGCCUAUUUGCGAAACAGCAAGGAUCCCUCAGAUUCCCCCAUUCAAAAAGGCCAGAGAGAAGCGCCGCAGACUUGGUGGAGCCAGCGUUCACGGAUUUGCCGGAUACUCAAACACAUUAAUGAUUUCCUAAAUUAGAGCCAAUUGUUCGGCAUUGUCUGCCCGUUAUCUUUGCUUUGAAGUAUUUUCACACAUGGAAAUUGCCGCUGAGCAAGGCCACAUAAAUUAAGGUGGAGGCUCACGACACGGACUCCAAAUUCGAGGCAGAAGGAAGAUGGUGAAAGGAAACUUUUCAAUUGAUUGGCUCGCUCGAAGUAGCCACGAGGUGUAUAACGAGAAGACGCCUGGUGAAGGUUCUCCGGGGAGUUGCAAACCAUCUGUGCCCCUCACUCAGAAUUCUCCCGCAGAAGACUCCACUGUUUCCUGCCUACAAGCACUACCAGGUACCGGUCACUCUACGCUUGAAAUGCAAAGACUGUCGCUGCUUGGGAUGGGCGAUGGUGACCGAGAGCAUCCUCUAAGGGAGGGUCUGACUAUUAGUCAGGAGGAUUACUGGAGUUCGGAGAGCGAUUCCGGCCGUUCGGAGGGCUCGGCUGGGGACGACCGAGGGAGAAGCGUGGGUUGUGGUUGUGAUGUCCCCCGCCGAGUGCGCACCGCAUUCACAGCACAGCAGAUCCACAAACUGGAAAAGAAGUUCAAGCGGCAGACGUACCUGGGGGCGUCCGAGAGGAGCAAACUGGCUGCUUUACUACACCUGUCCGAAACCCAGGUGAAGACAUGGUUUCAGAACCGUCGAAUGAAGCUAAAACGCCAACUGCAGGAUCUGUGCUCUGUUUCCUUUGCCACUCCUGCUUUGACCCAUUCGGUGCCGAUCAGGGAGCCGCUCUUCGGCCCGUGCACUUUCCCCGGGUACUACAUGAACGAUCAUGGCGUUCUCCACGCCACCAGUAGCCCCCAUCGCCACCCACGGCCCGUCUACCCACAGCUGAUCCACGGCCACCGUCCGAGUGUGGAGCAGAGCCUCUCGCGGUACCAGCCUUGCGUUUACCCGCUGAUGUUGAACUCCUCUCCAGCUGGAUUACAUGUCUAUUCCUGAGCGCUGUCACGGCGCAGCAAUCCUAUACUGGCGGACUUUUCAGAAAGCGAAGGCGUGGCGCACCGUCAGCCAAGUUGGUAAAUGUGAGAUGACGUGCUGGUUUAUUUAAAACUCUAUUUAAAAGUUUGUAAAUUUUCAGUCUAUUUUGA